GGCAGGAGAUACGAAGACUUCCAAAGAAGGGCCCGUUCCUUGGAUGUGCCGCCUCACAGAGCGGUGAAGGGGCAGCAGAAAACAGCUGAGACGGAAGAGGGGACAGUGCAGAUCCAGGAAGGUGCAGUGGCAACUGGGGAGGACCCAACCAGUGUGGCUAUUGCCAGCAUCCAGUCAUCUGCCACCUUCCCUGACCCCAACGUCAAGUACGUCUUCCGAACUGAGAAUGGGGGCCAGGUGAUUGAUGUACAGGGUGAUCAGGUGUCUGAAGGGCAGCUGGAUGGCCAGACCGAGGGGACUGGUGCCAUCAGUGGCUACCCUGCUACUCAGUCCAUGACCCAGGCGGUGAUCCAGGGUGCGUUCACCAGUGACGAUGCAGUUGACACAGAGGGGACGGCCGCUGAGACACACUACGCUUACUUCCCUGGCACUGCUGUGGGCGACGGGGCGGCAGGGACCACGGCAGGGAGUGCAGCGGCUGUUGUCACCACCCAGGGCUCGGAGGCACUGCUGGGACAGGCCGCCCCUCCUGGCCCCGGUCAGUUCUUCGUGAUGAUGUCACCACAGGAAGUGCUGCCGGGAGGAAGCCAGCGCUCCAUUGCCCCCAGGACCCACCCUUACUCCCCGAAGCCAUCAGAAGCUCCCCGGACGACGCGGGAUGAAAAACGCAGGGCUCAGCAUAAUGAAGUGGAGCGGCGCCGCCGGGACAAGAUCAACAACUGGAUCGUGCAGCUGUCCAAGAUCAUUCCGGACUGCUCCAUGGAGAGCACGAAGUCAGGCCAGAGGAAAGGGGGGAUUCUCUCCAAAGCCUGCGAUUACAUCCAGGAGCUGCGGCAGAGCAACCACCGGUUGUCUGAGGAGCUGCAAGGGCGGGACCAGCUGCAGCUGGACAACGAAGUGCUUCGCCAGCAGGUGGAGGACCUCAAGAACAAGAACCUGCUGCUCCGCGCCCAGCGGCGGCACCAUGGGGUGGAGGUGGUCAUCAAGAAUGACAGCAGCUGACUUGGGUCCCUGUGGUGGAGCGGCGGGAAGCCUGGAGCAGCAGGGUCCCCGUGCGGUUCCUUCCCUGCCCAUUUCUGGCACGAGACUGGGAGGUUCAGAGGGUGUGUCGGGCAGCAGCCUGCAGGGUGUGAAACACGGAUGAGCACUGGCUGACAGCCUGGUGCACACUCGGUGUCCGUGCGGAUGCUGGACACACCCAGUGGGCCUGCCUGGUGCCUGCUGAUGUGACGCCUGGCUGCCCGGGACCCGGGGCUUUCGGUCCCCCCUUCCCCGGAGCUCGGGGUGCACCAGAGGACGCCAGGGGACAGGCUUCAGCAAGACGCGGGGGAGGAGCAGUGGCCGCUGCCGCAGAAGGUUGGGCAGCAGCUGAGACUGACGCAGACCUCCAGGGAGAACCAUAGGCCGGGCCCACGGGGGCCUUGCCCCUUGUGGGGACGGUUCCCCCUUUUUUUUCAAACAAAAUGUUCAGAGCCGCAAAA